AUGGAUCCUCUUGUAGUAAAAGCGGCUCGUAAAAGUGGUGUUAGUAUAGCUGAUUUAAAUCUACCAAAAGAAUUUACAAUGUGGAUUGAUCCUAACGAAAUAUCCUAUCGAUUUGGUGAAGACGGCUCAAUCAAUACUCUAUCGAUGGAAGAAAACCAAGAUCAAAGCGACAGCUCGUUGGAAAGUAUGUUUACGAGUCGUUCAAGCUCACAUUCGUGUGGAAUGAAAGAAAGCAAUGCAAGUGCAAUGAAUAAAGGAAUCAUCAAAGUACCAGAAUGUGUAUCUUCAUAG